AUACGUGCAGUGACCAGCGGUGGAGGUGGAGGUUCCUACAAUAUAGGAUCUGCUCAGUGGAUAUCUUCUAUAUAAGAUCCUUCUCCUGAUUGACCCGUCAAAGAUGGAUAGGGACAAGAUUGCGGAGAGUAUAAUAAAUCUCACCGUAGAGCUCCUCUUCUGGCUUACUAGAGAGGAAUACACAGUAGUGAAGAAGACCUCUAGUGAGCGCUGUCAGGACCCUGUGUCUGAAGGAUGUGAAAGAACCCUGAGCCCAGUCACGGGGCCUCCACCUCGCCUGAUACAUGAGGAAAUCCAUACAGAGAAGGUCCUAGAACUCACCAACAAGAUGAUUGAGCUGCUGACUGGAGAGGUUCCUAUAAGGUGUCAGGAUGUCACCGUCUAUUUCUCCAUGGAGGAGUGGGAGUAUUUAGAAGGACACAAAGAUCUGUACAAGGACGUCAUGAUGGAGGAUCCCCAGCCCCUCAAACCACCAGUUAAGGAAGAGAGACAACCACCAGAGAUAUGUCCCAGUCCUCUUCUUCCACAGGAUAAUAAAGUAGAUGGAGAUAAGGGCCUCAAGAUGGAGGAUCACUGGCCCCUGACAUCACCAGUUAAGGAAGAGAGAAGAACACCAGAGAGAUGUCCCAGUCCUCUUCUUCCACAGGAUGGUUCAGAAGAACAUCUCAGUGUCCCAAAGGAUGAUCAGGUUCUUUACCCGGGUGAAGAUCUGAACAAUAUUAAUCCUACAGAGACAUAUGUGAGGGGUGAGGAGCAGAGUAUAGAGGACAUUUCUACAGAUAACCGCCCAGAUGACUGUACCCGGAGCUCGGAGGAAUAUCUGAUACCUUCAGAUUUUAAACCAGAGGACCAUGGUAUCACAGAAGAUUCAUAUGAACAGUAUGUCAUUAUCUCCGAUAUACCUUCAGACCUUUACAACAAAGAUCCAUCAUCUGAUCCUUUUCACCAGGUCCGAUCUUCUGAUUCAUCACAGACUGUUAAGCAAAAUAAACGUUACAAGAGUGGUGAACAUCAGAGACCCCACACAGGCGAAAAGCCAUUUUCAUGUUCAUAUUGUGGGAAAUGCUUUAACCAUAAAUCAGCUGUUGUUAUGCAUGAGAGAAUUCACACAGGGGAGAAGCCAUUUUCAUGUUUGGAAUGUGGAAAACGUUUUUACCAAAAAUCUGAUCUUACGCAACAUGAGAGAAUUCACACAGGGGAGAAACCAUAUUCUUGUCCAGAAUGUGGAAAACGUUUUAAUCAUAAAUCCGAUCUUGUUAAACAUAAGAGAAUACACACAGGAGAGAAGCCAUUUUCAUGCUCAGAAUGUGGAAAGCGUUUUAACCAUAAAGCAGAUCUUGUUAAACAUGAGAGAAUUCACACAGGGGAGAAGCCAUUUUUAUGUUCAAAAUGUGGGAAAUGUUUUAUAGAUAAAUCAUACCUUACCAUACAUCAGAGAAUUCACACUGGGGAGAAGCCGUUUUCGUGUGCAGAAUGUGGAAAACGGUUUAGCCAUAAAUCAGUUCUUUCUAAACAUCAGAGAAUUCACACAGGGGAGAAGCCAUUUUCAUGUUCAGAAUGUGGGAAAUAUUAUAGAUUUGAAGCAAGUCUUAUCGCGCAUCAAAGAACUCACACAGGGGAGAAGCCAUUUUCCUGUUCAGAAUGUGGGAAAUGUUUCACCCACAGAACAAGUCUUGUUGCACAUCAAAGAAUUCACACAGGGGCGAAACCAUUUUUGUGUUCAGAAUGUGGGAAAUGUUUUAACCAAAAGUCAAAUCUUGUUAAUCACGAAAGAAUUCACAGAGGGGAGAAGCCAUUAUCAUGUCCAGAAUGUGGGAAAUGCUUUAACCAGAAAUCAACCCUCGUAGCCCAUCAGAGAAUUCACACAGGGGAAAGGCCAUUUUCAUGUUCAGAAUGUGGGAAGCGUUUUAACCAAAAGUCAAAACUUGUUGAUCAUGAAAGGAAUCAUAGAGGGGAGAAGCCAUUUUCAUGUUCAGAAUGUGGCAAGUGCUUUAACCGUAAAUCGGAUCUUGUUAGACAUCAGAGAAUUCACACAGGGGUGAAACCAUUUUCAUGCCCGGAAUGUGGGAAAUGUUUUUCUCAAAAAUCAACUCUUGUUGACCAUCAAAAAAUUCAUAGAGGAGCGGGGCCAUUUUGAAAGUGUUUUAGCCAAAAUUCAGCUCUAGUUGCUCAUCAAAUAACUUGCAGAGAAAAAACAUGUUCAUGUCCACAAUCUAGUUAAUGUUCUAACCACAAAUUAGAUAUUAAACAUUAUAGAAUCAGGGAAGUAGCUUAUUUAUUUUUAAAGGGGUAAUUCCAUCUGGGACAUUUAUGACAUAUCCUAUAAGUAUAGUACAUUUACUGCUAUGGGACUUCUGCACUCGAUUAAAGUGAAUAGAGAGCAAUCUUUGCAUGCAACCUAUCCAUUCGCUGCUAUUAGACUUCCAAAAAUGGUCGAGCCAGAGGGUGUCCAUGCAACAACAAAUCCAAAUAUUACACCUAUAUAUCAUUUGUGUGCAUAGAAUAUGUUAUAUUUAAAGCAAUAUGUCACUAGCUUUAAAGGCUAUGUACACUUUGUAUUAUUGAAUUGUACUCAUUUUGAGCUAAUAAUGAUUUUUUUACAGUUGGUCUUUAUUAAAAAUCUUGAACUACUGUUCUGUACAGCCUUGAGUUUCU